UAUAAAAGAUGAGCUUAGAAUGCUAUACUAGAUAAGAGUAAAGCCAAGAUGAAUAUCAUGAUGAGGCUUUCAUGGUUGCUAUUACUUCUCUCUCACAAAAAAGUUUUUCUCGUUACAUUCUGUGAUGCUAGUCAGGUAGAAUACCUUAGCAAGCUGCUCGAGUCUCGAAUAACUGAAAACCAUAAUCUCGAUUCAGAGAUGUGGUCUAAGCUAGAAGAUGUUACUUCUCCAGUAUAUAUUGGACCUCAACAAGGGCUAAUGGAGGCUGACAAGAUUGAUGCCUUGCCAAUGCAGCCUCCUGGAGUCAACUUUAAUCAAUACGCAGGCUAUGUGACAGUAGAACCUAAGACGGGAAGAGCUUUGUUUUACUACUUUGUUGAAUCUCCUCGCGAUUCUUCCACCAAACCUCUACUCUUAUGGCUCAAUGGAGGACCAGGAUGUUCAUCUUUUGGCUAUGGAGCUAUGGAGGAACUUGGACCUUUCAGAGUGAAUAGCGAUGGAAAAUCAUUGUACGUGAACGAAUAUGCAUGGAACAAAGUGGCAAACGUGCUUUUUCUGGAAUCGCCAGCCGGUGUAGGAUUUUCCUAUUCAAACUCUAGUUCUGACUAUGACACCCCCGGUGACAAGAGAACAGCCGAGGAUUCUUAUACUUUUCUAAUAAACUGGCUCGAACGAUUCCCUCAGUACAAAACUCGGGAUUUUUACAUAGCUGGAGAAAGCUAUGCUGGUCAUUAUGUGCCUCAACUAGCAUACACUAUUCUAGCCCACAACAAGAUUUCUAAUCAAUCACUCAUCAACCUCAAAAAUAUCGCAAUUGGGAAUGCUUUGGUACAUCAUGACAUAAACAUUCAAGCCAUGUAUGACUAUUUUUGGUCCCAUGCAUUGAUCUCGGAUGAAACUCAUGCAGCAAUAAACAAGUACUGUGAUUUCCUUAACGGAAACUACUCAGACACAUGCGUGGGAUACACAGCUCAAGGAGAUAAUGAGAGAGGAUAUAUAGACAUAUAUAACAUUUAUGCUCCACUCUGCAAUGAAAAGGCGGCAAAGCCUAAGUCAUCUGAUACGGAAUUUGAUCCUUGUUCAGACAGCUAUGUCGAAUCUUACCUCAACCGUGAGGAGGUGCAGAAGGCUCUCCAUGCCGUCAACACCACUUGGUUCAUUUGCAGCAACAAAAUUGGAUGGGGGAACUGGCAAGACAUGCCAAGAACUGUCCUGCCCGUAAUCAAGAUGCUCAUUGAAAAUCAGAUAAAUGUAUGGAUUUACAGUGGGGAUAUAGAUGCGCGAGUUCCAGUAACAGCAUCGAGGUAUGCAAUAAACACCAUGAAACUUCCCUUGGAGAAUUCUUGGCGUGCAUGGUAUUAUAAUGGUGGCAAGGAGGUGGGUGGAUAUGUGGAAGGGUACAAGGGGCUGAAAUUUGUUACAAUUAGGGGAGCUGGACAUGCAGUUCCUAGCUACCAACCAGAACGUUCACUAACUAUGAUUUCAUCAUUUCUUCAGGGGAAACUGCCCCCUGCAGCCUCUUUGUAGGAUAAGAUUCCAUCAACAUGUAUUCUUAUAUCAUUCUGAUAUGAUACCAUGUUAUAAUCUAAGAUUGGGCCA